GUUUUGCUUUUAACAAUCAAUCCACUUAUUUUUUUUCGCUUCUUUCUAACAACAAUGCAAUCUCCCACCUUUUAAAUCCUCCCCAUAAUAUAACCCACCACUUCUAUCCCCUCCCUCUCUCUCUGUCUGUCGGUCUGUCUCAUGGGGGCUCAUCCGCGUUUCAAACCAAUCUCCAGUUGUGGCUCCCAGGGGCGGUCCAACCAAACAGUGGCCGCAGAUCUGGAUGGCACUCUUCUAGUGUCUCGGAGUGCAUUCCCUUACUUCAUGCUUGUUGCGCUAGAAGCUGGAAGCCUUGUUAGGGGAUUGCUUCUUCUCGCAUCCGUCCCCAUUGUAUACUUCAUUUACCUAUUCUUGUCCGAAUCAUUUGCUAUCCAGAUCUUCAUCUUCAUCUCCUUCGCGGGGUUGAAGUUAAGAGACGUCGAGUUGGUGUCCAGGUCCGUGUUGCCCAAAUUUUACGCUGACGAUGUGCACCCUGAGAGUUGGAGAGUGUUCAGUUCCUUUGGCAAACGCUACAUCAUAACUGCAAAUCCAAGGAUUAUGGUGGAACCCUUUGUGAAGUCCUAUCUUGGGGCUGACAAGGUCCUAGGGACCGAGCUCCAAGUUUUCAAAUCUGGAAGGCUCACUGGGUUCGCCAAGAAACCAGGUGUUCUGGUUGGAGAGCACAAGAGAGCUGCUGUCGAACAGGAAUUCGGCAAAAACUCACCGGAUGUGGGCAUGGGAGAUAGAGAAACCGACCACGAUUUCAUGUACCUGUGCAAGGAAGGCUACAUGGUACCAAGGAGCAAGUGCAAUCCCCUGCCUAGAAACAAGCUUCUAAGCCCAGUCAUAUUUCACGAGGGGCGUUUUGUUCAGAGACCCAGCCCUCUGGCUGCCCUUUUGACCUUCUUAUGGAUGCCAAUUGGCUUUAUCCUCUCUCUUCUCAGGGUCUACCUCAACAUUCCCUUGCCCGAAAGGUAUGCUCAAUACAUGUAUGCCUUCCUCGGAAUCAAGCUAAUUGUGAAGGGAAACCCUCCCCCACCACCCACAAAUGGUCAAGGCGGAGUCCUCUUUGUUUGCAAUCACAGGACCAUACUGGACCCUGUGGUCACUGCUGUGGCCUUGGGAAGAAAGAUAAGUUGUGUCACUUACAGCAUAAGUAAAUUUUCUGAACUAAUCUCCCCAAUCAAGGCUGUGGCCUUGUCAAGGGAAAGAGAGAAAGACGCUGCCAACAUCAAGCGUUUGCUCCAGGAAGGAGAUUUGGUGAUUUGCCCUGAAGGAACCACUUGUAGGGAACCAUUCCUUUUGAGGUUCAGUGCACUGUUUGCAGAGCUCACCGAUAGGAUCGUUCCUGUGGCCAUUAAUACCAAUCAAAGCAUGUUCUAUGGAACUACUGCUCGCGGCUUUAAAUUCAUGGAUCCUUAUUUCGUGUUCAUGAACCCAAGGCCAACUUUUGAGAUUACUUUCUUGAACCAACUGCCUACCGAGCUUACAUGUAGAGGAGGCAAGUCGGCAAUUGAAGUUGCUAACUAUAUCCAGAGGGUGCUGUCUGGGACCCUAGGGUUCGAAUGCACAAACUUGACGAGGAAGGACAAGUACGAGAUGCUCGCCGGAAACGAUGGCCGUGUCCCUUCCAAGAAGGACGAAGAUCAGAAAGCCUGAGAGAAGGAACUCGAGGAGGGCAAGGACAAAACAAAACAAAAAAAAAAAAAAAAAGUAAUGAAUGCUUCUUUUCUCUGUGUCGACUUUGUAUUCGAAAGGAAAUAUAUAUUUAUAUGAUAGUUAUAUAUAGAUAUAUUGGAUUUCAAUGUGUCACAUAUAUAUAUGAUUAAAUAAUUUUCGUAUAAAUUAAGCUUGAAAUUGAAUAAGGGUGAAUCUUGGUUUAAUAGCUGAUGUGUUGUUUCUCAUCACGCACGAAAAACCAAUGUAUUCUACAUGGAAUUUCUGUUUUUCCAACUCGUUAUUCAGUUAUUCUGUUGUCG